GUGCGUGCGUGUGUGUGUGUGUGCAUUAACAAGAUAAAGCAUUGUAGCGAGUCAUUGUCACAUCUGUCACAUCAUCACCCACAGAUAAUGUUUGGGUUAUCACGAGGCUGUUAUGAGGAGUGUUAACUCGGUGGUGGUGGUGCAGGCAGUGGAAGGGAAGAUGAUGGAGCAGUACGUGUGUGUGUGAGGAGGAAUUAAGCUAUACAGAGUGGGAGAGGAGUGUUGAGUGAAUAGCAGGGGGCGUGGUGCAAGGGGCAGGGUAGCAGGACUCGAGGAGACAAAUAAUUAAUGGUGUAUGUUGGUGAUGGAGCAGGGGCGGUGUUGUGCCUGACAGUGAUUGUGCGUGAGUGAGGGUGUUUGUGACUUGGUACGUGUUGCAAUGCGUCGCGGCACGUCAAUAGCGGCACGGCCCCGGGUGACGUGCAGCACGGCGAGACAGGACGAGAGCACGGCACCAGUCCUGUGGAGAAGACAGGCGGGCGGCGGUGACGAGGCAGAGGCGUGGCGGCGGCGGCCCAGCUGGCCGUGGCGGGGCGAGGGUGAGGGUGCGGGGCUGUGGUCACUGGUCACCACGUCACGCCUGGCGCCUCACCGGCCUCGUCUCGUGUUACCGUCACGUGGAGCCAAUUGAUCCCUGCACGAGCCAGGCCGGCUGCUGCUGCUGCUGGUAGACCCACCACACCUGGCGGCGGCGGCGGCAUGGAGGAGUACGACGAGGACCUCUCCCAGAACACCUUCUUCGCCGCGCUCACCCGCGACCACCGACCACUGCUGGAGCAGGCCGCGGGGUGUGGCUGGCUGGUAUGCGUGCCGCGGGCCCAGGCGGCGCCCGCUUCCCCCCUGGAGGACGCCGUGGUGAAGGCACACGUCCUGGUACCGAACGAGGACGACCCGGACACCAAGUUCAGUACGUUGGACGGCAAGGGCGCCUCCCUGCAGGGCGGCGUGCUGGUGGUUGAAGGGCAGCAGGACGCGCCCCGCCACGUCAGGGUGCUGUUUGACGAAACCUUCUACGAGGAGGAGCUGGGGCGCUACAAGGUGGUAUGUGUGGAGGAGGCGCUACACGGGGCGGGGCGCGGGGCGGGGCCGGCGCCGCUCACCUCCCUCUCCUCUCUGCGGGACUGUGUGGAGCUGCUGUGGGCCGAGGCUGGGGGCUCGCGGGGCUUGGCCAGGCUUGACGCCCUCCUUGCAGGGUUCCAGGCCGCCCACCCAUUGCUGGAGGGUGAGGAGGUGGCUGCAGUGCGUGAGGCGGUGGGUGAACUGUACUGUGAAGCCCUGCAAGUGGCAGUGGAGGAGGGUCAGGGACAGGGCGGAGCGGGGCUGGGGUUGUUGGGGCUGGCAGUGGAGAGUUACCUGCUGCAUGGGCUGCACGGUAGGCUGGUGCGCUGUCUGGCCACUCACCGUGCCCCAGACGACGCUCGCUUCAACCACUCCCUCAAGGCCCUGUGUGACCUGCAGCCCAGCGACCUGGCCCUGCCCCCCGUGUUGGCCGGCAGUCUCACCCGAGCCACACUGGAACUGUCUGGCCUGGCAGACCACACCACUCCUCUAGGCAAGAUUGGCUGCCUCAAGAGAGCUGUGGCCCAGCUUGGCCGGGAGGCUGGACCCAUGACCUCAGACCAGUUGCUGCCAGCACUGGUGGUGGUGGUGGUGCGAACCGGCCUGCCCUCCUGGCCCGCCCAGCUGGCCUUCCUACGACUAUUCCGCUUCUCUGCCACGCCAGUGGGUGGCGGCGAGCACGACUUCUACCUGACGUCCCUGGAGGCAGCCCUGCAGCACGUGGCUUCAGGGGCACUGCUGGGGGAGGCCUGCCCUGAGGCAGACAGUGUGCUGCAUCCACCCUCCACUCCACCAGCGGCCAUGGCCUCCAACCUUAGCGUGGAGCAGGACCCCUGCCUGCGGUACUUUGAGUGUGUGCGCCAGGGCUUGGUGGAGGAGGUGCAGGCCUUGCUGGAUGGCCAUGGCUGCCCACACAAGGGUGAGGAGGGCACUGCGGAGGAAGAUAGCGAUGUCAAGCUGUGCCACCCGCUGUGCCGCUGUGAGCGCUGCGAGGGUGUGCUGCGCCAGCCCCAGGAACACUCCUGGCCCUGCCUGGCGAUGGAGGACUCCCUGGGCCGCACCGCCCUGCACCUGGCCUGCAUGUUUGGCCGCCCAGCAGUGGUAGACCUGCUGGUGGGACGUGGGGCAGCCCGGGCCAAGGACCAGCGUGGGGCAUCUCCCCUGCAUCAUGCUGCCCAGCGGGGCUACCAGAACGCCCUGCUGCUGCUGCUGCACGCCGGAGCAGACAUCAAUGCCACGGACAGGGAGCAGAACACAGCCCUGCACCUGGCAGCCCUGCACGGCCAUUCAACCUGUGUCAAGGCGCUGCUCUUCUAUGCAGAGUCUGUGGGCCGACACGUGGAUGUGAACAGCCAAAACACGGCCCUGGACACCCCGCUGCACUUGGCCGCCCGGUGGGGCCACCUGGCCAUCGUGGAGCUGCUGCUGGACCGCCUGGUGGCCCUGGGCCUGCCCCUGAUCCUCACCAACCGCCGUCGCCUCACAGCCAUUGAGUGCGCCCACAACCAGCUCAUCGUGCGAGCCAUCCUGGACGCCCGUGGCAAGGCCCCCUCCACCGACACCCUGGGCCGUGCCAGGGCCAGGCUGGCAGCUGCCAUUGUGCCUCACAGCCCCAGUGCACACCUAGACGGCCCAGGCAGCCCCCAGGGGAGGGGCCGCCUGGAGGCCAGCCGGGCCAGUGGUGACAAGAUGCUGAAGGCAGUGCGUGUUGGGGAUGAGCGCCUCGCUUGUUUCUACCUAGGCAUUGACUAUGACACUGUGGACCCCACGGCUACCCCAAGCAAGGCCGCCCCCACCCCUGCCCUGUGCCACCCACUGUGCCAGUGUGCCCAGUGUGUGGUCAAGGCACCCCCCAGCCAGGGUGUGCAGGGCGCCCCCUACAUGGCCCCCAUCAAUGCCUGCGACAGCCAGGGCCGCACUGCACUGCACGAGGCCGUGGCGGGUGGCCACCCCAGGCUGGCCAGGCUGCUGCUGCGGCACGGUGCGAACCCCAACGUGCAGACCCUGGACCAGGGCCUCACCCCGCUGCACCUGGCCGUGCGCAGCGGCCACACAGAGCUGCUGGCAGACCUGGCCCGGCACGGUGCCACGCUGGACCUGACAGACAUCCUGGGCAACACGGCCCUGCACAUGUGCUGCGCCAGCGGCCAGGCCGAGGCCGCUGGCCUGCUGCUGCGCCUGGGGGCCUCACAGGGCCUCUCCAAUCUGGCCAGCCGCUCACCCAUCCAGGAGGCAGAGGAGUACGGCCACUGGCGUGUGGUGGAGGUGCUGCUGGGCCGGGCCACAUCACAGUAGUGGCUGCCCCCCACCACGCCCCACCACACCCUACACACCCACCCUGCAUAGUGAUCUUUGGGCCAAUGUUCUCUGGGAAGACAACAGAGCUGAUGCGGCGGCUGCGGCGCUACCAGCUGGCUAAACACCGAUGCCUCGUGGUCAAGUACGCCAACGACCUCAGUUCCCAGACACAGUACAAUUUGCCGAAAAAAUGGCCAAUCGAGGGAAGACAGUGAUAGUGGCAGCGCUGGACGGCACCUUCCAGCGUCAGGGCUUCGGCAACAUCCUACAAUUGGUUCCCCUGGCAGAGAGUGUGG